GUUCUAGUGUGCUGCCUCGGACAGACUGAGACGCUGUAGUGCGAAAAGAUAAUGUAUCUGCUGUCAGCCCUUCUUCUCUGGCUCCCAGGUUGUUUCUCCAACAGAGAGGUAUGGGGCCCUGAACACGUGAAGUAUGAAGAGAAUAGCGUGGCAAUUGUACAGUGUCAUUAUGCCCAAGGAUGGAAGUCGUAUGUGAAGUGGUGGUGCCGAGGAGCUGUUUGGAGUUCCUGUACCAUUCUUGUUGAAACCAAAAACUCAAAGAGAGAGAAGGGUCGUGUGUCCAUCCAGGAUGAUAUCAAAGCACUCACAUUCACAGUGACAAUAAAAAACAUCAGAAAAACAGAUGAAGACACUUAUUGGUGUGGGAUUGAAAGGGUAGGAGUUGACCAUGGAUUCCAGAUUAAAGUGACUGUUUUCCCAGCAACAACCAGAGUGAAGACAACCACCACUACCAUACCAACCACUACAACUACAAUGGUGAAAACAAGCACAGAAAACAUCACUGAACUGGUAAACAACUAUUCUCAUGAAAGGCUUGAAAUCACAGAUCUCCAAGUCCUACUGCCCAUCAUCUUUGGCAUUUUAUUGGUAAUGUUGGUGGGAACCUCAAUUCUAGCUGGGAGAAUGGUGCUGAGACAGAGGAAAGAAGCUGAAAAAGUUGCUGAGCUGGCACCCCAGCCGACAGAGGAAGGCGUUUGUUAUGCAAACCUGACCCUGCAUCGGAGGACAUCCAGAAACUCCCCUCCAGAUUCUCCAAAGACAAAGGCUUCUUCUCUCCCAGCCUCCUCCAGAGUCAGUAGCAUCCACAAGGAAGUGGAAUAUGUCACUAUGGCUUCCCUCAAAGGAGAGGAUAUAUCCUAUGCUACCCUAUCUCUGGAUACCCCAGACCAGAGCCCAAUAUACUGCAACAUGGAACAUCGGACCACCCACCAUCCCCUGAGAAAUCCUAUUGAGAAGACUGAAUACAGUUUAUAAAAGAAGACUUAAUUUUUCCCCUAGUACCUCCUUCUCAGACCUUAACUCUGACUUGACUUGUUUGUUGCUUCUUCCUCCUCCUCCUCUCUCACCUUCUUAUUCCAAGGACAUGUACUCUGGCGUCUGACUAAAGAACUGCUUAACCAGAGGAUUCUAACUGGCUUCAUGUUCCCUUGGGUGGUGGGGAUUGUCUGUUCAAAGAGAAAGAGCGGCCCAUUUGUUAAGAUUAAAAGAAAAAAAAACAGCUUCCAUUCAUUCCCUGUUUUCCUCUUUUUGGAGCAUUCCAUUUGGGAGUCAGAAAGCCUCUUCCUCUGACUUCUAAUGAGGAGAGAGGGGAAAUUUUACCCCCCUACCCCCCAAGGAAUGGCAAUGGCACACGCUCUGCAACAAGAACAUAAUUGGGUCUGAGGCUGGACCUCAAGUCCUUGGCUGACUCUUCUGCUCUGUGUUUCUUUCCUUGAGCAGGGAAGAUUGAUCAGUGAUGCUGAGAUGGAUGUUUCUACCAGUGCCAGAAACCUUAUAGGUUCAA